GAUUUAAGGGGUCACGGGAAGGGAAAAGAAGGUGUCUGAAGUGGGGAUAUCUGCAAACUCCGCGGGACCUGUAACCAUGCGAAAUCCCCUCGUAUUGGCUCUCCUGCUAUAAAAGCAAAGCAAGGUCUUUUAGAUGCAACACACAAGUCAACCGGUCGCAUUUCAUGUCCGUCGACGCAUCCGAACGAGACACGAUAAAACAAUAACAAUAAUAAUAAUCAAAAAAAGGACUCGGAGAGUGAGAGUAAAAAAAAGGACAAACGGAUUUCCGGUGAACCACGCGGGAUUCACGUUUAACCGCGUGUUCUCUUCAAAAUUUUCGUAGAAUAAGAAAAUAAAUUUUUGUUUACUAAAAAAAAGAAUUGAAAAGAGGAGAAAAAAAAUUAUUAAACAUGUUUGAUAGAUUAUCGGUUUUAUUUAUACUGGCGGUGGCUGCGACAUCGGCACUUCCGGCCAGUGAUAAAAAGCCUGCUGAUAAUGAUCUUAUGGCAGCAAUAUAUUCGGAUUGUUUAAAAAAGGAUUCAAUGAGUUGUAUUAAAUAUAAAGUUUUUGCAUUUGUUGAUAAAAUGCUAGCUGAUAAGGAGGACAUCACUCUCAGUGAGGGUAUCACUGUUGUUAAAACCGGAAGCACCGAAGAGGGCGCUCCAAGAUCAAUUGAAAAUACGGAUGUUGACACUCUAUUAUUUGAUCGUUUGGGAAGAUUUCUGAGGACACAUUCGGUAAAAGUUGAUCUCAAAGGUAGCGAUAUUUUGGGUGCCAUUGAGUCAGCAGGACGAAGCCUCGAGGACAUCACUGACGAUGCCAAUGAGGAAGGUCGAGGCAAAAAGAAGAAGGCGCAAAAAAUAUUGGGUCCAAUAAUGAUGGCAGUGGCAAUGAAGGCGGCGGCACUAUUACCCCUGGCAUUGGGUGCAAUUGCCCUUAUUGCCGGCAAAGCACUGCUAAUUGGUAAAAUUGCCCUAGUCAUCUCGUCGAUAAUUGGAUUGAAAAAAUUAUUGGCCUCCAAGGAGAAGCAUGUGACGUAUGAAGUGGUGGCGCAUCCACAUCACGGAGGUAGCAGUCACUUGAGUCACGACGACGGCGGUCACGGAGGAUUCUCGAGUGGAGGUGGCGGUGGUGGUGGUGGUGGUGAUUUUGGUGGCUAUGGAAGUGGUGGUGCAAGCAGUGGUCAUGGAUGGGCAAGAAGUCUGCCCCAAGAUGCCCACAAUCUCGCCUACAGUGCUCAUCAACCGGAGAUCAAGGCCGAAACCACGAAAUAGAAAGUUUUUUUUAAUCAUCUUCGUUUCAUCUCUUCUCUUUUGAUCUCUUUCCCUCGUGACCUUGUUCCUCCGGGUCCUGCUAUAUACCAUUCCACCUGUUCCUCUUCAACUUUCUACGAUCUUCAGCGGUACUUUCUAUUCCUAUCGUCCUCUCCUCAAUUUCUCAUGCGCUGACCUUUUUCUUCAAUAAUGUUUCUCCUUUCCUUAUUUGCGACUCCUGCGACUCCUACCAUGUUUAGUGAUUUUUUCCUCGCAAUUACCUUUUUCCCGUUUGACUAUUAUACUUCCUUGUAAUCUUUUGUAAUUUAUUAGUUUCUUUCCUUUUUCAUUCAUUCCCUUUUGCGUUUUUUCUUUUUGUUUUCAUUCUGUUUUUGUUAUUAUCUUUUGUUAUCUUUUGUUUCUUUGUUUGUUCCUUUGU